AUGGUGGCUCGCCAAUUUAUUGCUGAAACAGAGCGCCUCCCAGAUCACGCCCAUGUGUUGCUCAUAACAACUGGCAGCGUAGCAUCUAUCAAAGCUCCUCUCAUUGUCUCAGCGCUUCUUCAAUACCAAAAUGUCAGAGUAGAAGUGGUUGCGACCAAGGAGUCGCUCGCAUUUUAUGACCCUGCAGAUGUAGUCAAUGCAGGCGCCCGCGUGUGGACCGAUGAGGACGAGUGGUCGGGGUCAUACAAGAUUGGAGAUCCGAUCCUGCAUAUCGAGUUGAGGAGGUGGGCUGAUAUUGUUCUUACCUCUCUGCUUCGUGCGCUGGCACCUACGACACCGACUUAUGUAUUUCCGGCGAUGAAUACGCUCAUGUACGAGCAUCCGCUCACGGCAGAACAUUUGCACGUCGUGCGGGAUGUUGUGCGCUACCAAGUUGUCGGGCCAAUCGGAAAAAAUCUUGCCUGUGGGGACGUUGGACUUGGUGCCAUGACGGAAUGGCGAGAUAUCGUGGAGAUAGUGGUGGAUCAAAUGAAACUCGUUCGCAAAGACAACAAGUCAUAA